AUGAAAGCACCCGAGGAAAUCACUAAAGCCCAAGGUAGCAGCAAUGACACAAAUGGUAUCGCUGGUCCACGGAAGCGGCGACCGCCAAAGCUAGCAAAGCGAACAACCCCUUCGGACGGCCAAAGUGAAGGAAGCCAGCAGAGACAAAAUGGCAGUUCAGAUAUAUCAAAUUCCAAUUACUUCUCCGAGGUUCCAAAUGGAAUGCCACAACAGGAACGUCAACCUUUGGAUACGCCGAGCCAGGCGCAAACGCCCGAGAAACCACAGGCAUCCCCGCGGUCCGCGGUACGGCGUCAACGCACGACUGUCCGUCGAAAUUCAGCACAAUCAACCGAACCAGAUCAAGCCGAAGUCAUUACACAGGAGCAAAGACCAGAUAGUUCAGGAUUACAGAAACGAGAGACACGCGUGCGGAGAAUGCUAAGUCCUGAGGUUCAAAAUCAAGAAGUUGUUUCGGCAUCAGAUCCACACCCUGGGAGAUGGGAAGAGCCUCUUCCAAAUAGCACGAAUUCAACCGCACGCCAAGUGGUAGAGACCACUGAAGCAGUGCAAAGUGAGAAAGGAAAGGAUCAGUUGAAACUCAGGUUGGAUUUGAAUCUUGAUGUUGAGAUUGAACUGAAAGCCAAGAUUCGUGGAGAUUUGACUCUUCAAUUACUCCAAUAA